AUGUAUGACUAUGAGCGGAGAGGGGCUGGAGCGGAGAGGGGCUGGAGCAGAGAGGGGCUGGAGCAGAGAGGGGUUGGAGCGGAGAGUGGCUGGAGCGGAGAGGGGCUGGAGCAGAGGGGGGCUGGAGCAGAGGGGGGCUGGAGCAGAGGGGGGCUGGAGCAGAGGGGCUGGAGUGGAGAGUGGUUGGAGUGGAGAGUGGUUGGAGUGGAGAGUGGUUGGAGUGGAGAGUGGUUGGAGUGGAGAGGGGUUGGAGCUGAGAAUGGUUGGAGUGGAGAGUGGUUGGAGCGGAGAGGGGCUGGAGUGGAGAGUGGUUGGAGUGGAGAGUGGUUGGAGUGGAGAGGGGCUGGAGUGGAGAGGGGUUGGAGUGGAGAGUGGUUGGAGUGGAGAGUGGUUGGAUUGGAGAGUGGUUGGAGUGGAGAGGGGUUGGAGCUGAGAAUGGUUGGAGUGGAGAGUGGUUGGAGCGGAGAGUGGUUGGAUUGGAGAGUGGCUGGAGUGGAGAGUGGUUGGAGUGGAGAGUGGUUGGAGCGGAGAGUGGUUGGAGUGGAGAGUGGUUGGAGUGGAGAGUGGCUGGAGCAGAGAGUGGCUGGAGCGGAGAGGGGCUGGAGCAGAGAGGGGCUGGAGCGGAGAGUGGCUGGAGCGGAGAGGGGCUAG